AUGGCAGAAGGUACACGCAUGAAAAGCUUCGAAGAGCAGCUUAGGAAACAGGAUGCCAGGAUUCAAGCGGUUCUCGAUUCCAUGAUAGCAGACAAGCAGGUCAUGGAGGAAAAGUUGGAAGUUAAUCAAAGGGAGAUGCGGUCCUUACUGGAAGCAAAUAGCGCAGAACUGAAGAACUUUGUGAGUAGCCAGAUCAGCUCGAUCUUGAGAAGUUUGCAGGGGGACAAAAGCAUUUUGGGAAAUCCUAAUGGUUCUGCAGAAAGGACUCCUAACAAUCGAAAUGCGGGAAAUUCGAAUACCAGGCAUGGUGAAUUUGGCAAUUCCUCUAGAGGAGAGGGGCAACACUGGCCCAUGGGGGUCCCCAGGUUGGAUUUCCCCAGAUUUGAUGGCCACAGUCCUAAGGAGUGGGUCAGGAAGUGUGAGAAAUUUUUCCAACUAUUUCGCACUACUGAGGAGCAGCAGAUGGACCUUGUGGAACUGCACUUAGAAGGAAAGGCGGAUCUCUGGUAUCAGAAUUUCAAAAAAGAUAGGGGAAUAGUCCAAUGGAAGGAUUUUGGAUCAGAAAUAUGUAGGAGGUUCAGCACUGUGGGAGAGGCUGAUGCAGUGGAAGAGUUUAGCAAACUCAAUCAAACCUCCACUGUUUUGGCUUAUCAGGAGAAGUUUGAGGAGUUGAGGUCUAUUGUAAUGAUCCAGAUGCCAGAACUGACUGAAUCCUACUACAUUUCUAGUUUCUUAAGUGGACUGAAGGGGGAAAUUAAAUCUGCCGUGAAGAUGCACAGGCCAGACAGUCUACAGUCUGCCUUUGAGAUGGCCAGAUGGCAGGAACAUCACUUGGAUCUGGUUCACAAGUCCAGUAGGCCUAUACUCAGAAAUACCAUGCACUCAACCUCAUUUGGAAUUAACAAAGGAGGAAAUGGAGCUCAGGAUCCGGGAGCAAGACAAGCGGGAACAUCACCAACAGAAUUCAGCAGGAAGUCUAAUUCACAGCAAGUUUUCAAGAAAAUCUCCCCCACUGAAUUCCAGUACAGGAAGGAUCACAACCUAUGUUUCAGGUGUGGAGAAAGAUUUAGUCCAGGUCACAAUUGCAAAAGCAAGGGGAUCCACAUGAUGAUAGUAGGAGAGGAGGAGAAGGGUGAGGAAAAUCACACAGCAGAAGAGGAGGAGGUUAUUGAAUACAUGGGAACUCAGCAAGAGCAUGAGGUGAUGCUAACCUUGCAUGCACUGUCAGGGGAAUUAUCCUCAAGCAUUAUCAAAAUGCAAGGGGAAUAUAUGAACCAGCACUUGACAAUCCUGCUAGAUGGGGGAAGUACUAAUUGCUUUAUCAGGAGGAGUGUGGCUCAGCAAUUUCCAGAAAGGGUACAGAACCACAGGCCCUUCAAGGUCAAGAUAGCUGAUGGCAAGGAGUUGACAUGUGACCAGUGGAUUCCAGGGAUGCAGUGGAGCAUGCAGGGCCACAGAUUUGCACACGAUGUGUUUGUAUUGGACCUGGAGCCUUAUGACUUGAUCCUUGGAGUUGAUUGGAUGAAGUCCUAUAGUCCUAUUACUUUUGAUUUCAAGAAGCUGAAUCUGUCUUUUGAAAAAGGAGGGGAGCAAGUGGUGCUAAAUGGAGACUCCAACAAUGCAAACGUAAGGAUGCAGCAAGGUCCCUCAGCUCACAAGUAUGUCAAACACAAGAUCAGGAAGGCAUUGCAGCAAGCAUGUAUGGUGAAGAUUCACAACUCACAGGUAAUUUCUGAACCAGAUUCUCUUACUAAGUUGUUGGCUAAGUAUGAUGAUGUCUUUGCAGAACCAAACACCCUUCCCCCAAAUAGAUGCCAUGAUCACCAAAUUCCCCUCAAACCAGAUGCCCAACCAUUCAAAAUUCCUCCCUACAGAUACCCUCAUGUACAAAAAAAUGAGAUUGACAGACAGGUGAAAGAUAUGUUGAACUCUGGCCUUAUACAAGAUAGCCAUAGCCCCUUUGCAUCACCUGCUCUUUUAGUAAAAAAGAAAGAUGGGAGCUGGAGGCUUUGUAUUGACUAUAGGCAACUGAACAACCUCACUAUUAAAGAUAAAUUUCCUAUACCUAUUAUAGAUGAUUUAUUGGAUGAACUAUAUGGAGCCAAGAUUUUUUCUAAAAUUGAUCUGAGAUCGGGCUAUCACCAAAUCAGGAUGAAUCCUGAUGACAUCCAUAAAACUGCUUUUAGGACUCAUUCUGGUCUAUAUGAAUUCUUUGUCAUGCCAUUUGGUCUAACAAACGCCCCAGCCACCUUUCAAGCACUAAUGAACUCUGUCUUUGAACCUUAUAUAAGGAAAUUUGUUCUUGUGUUCUUUGAUGACAUUUUAAUCUAUAGUCCAGACUCCAAGAGUCACCUACACCACUUAUCCAUAGUUUUGGAAACCCUGAGACAACACUCUUUGUUUGCAAAGAUAUCUAAGUGCUCUUUUGGUCAAGACCAAGUAGAGUAUCUGGGACACAUAAUUACUAGUGCAGGGGUGAAAACUGAUCCAUCCAAGGUGGAAGCUAUGCUGUCCUGGCCAACGCCCUCCUGUGUAAAGGCUCUCAGAGGAUUCUUGGGCUUGACAGGUUACUAUAGGAGGUUUGUUAAGGGGUAUGGGGAGAUUGCUAAGCCUCUUACUGAACUGCUAAAAAGGGAUCAAUUUGCAUGGAGUACUGCUGCAGAAACUGCAUUCCAACAAUUGAAGCUGGCAAUGAGUGCAGCACCAGUGUUGGCAUUACCUGACUUCUCAAAGCCAUUCCUGCUGGAAACUGAUGCCAGUCAGAAAGCCAUUGGUGCUGUUCUAAUGCAACAGGGGAGGCCAAUAGCUUACUACAGCCAAGUACUGGGACAGAAUAAUCAAGCCAGGUCUACCUAUGAGAAGGAACUCUUAUCACUCAUCACUGCAGUUCACAAGUGGAAACACUACUUGAUGGGACAUCAUUUCAUUAUCAAAACUGAUCAUGAGAGUCUCAAAUACUUGUUGGAUCAGAAAAUUAACACCUCUCUCCAACAAAAAUGGCUGGUUAAACUUAUGGGAAUGGAUUAUGAGAUUCAAUACAAAAAAGGGAAGGAAAAUGUAGUUGCUGAUGCCUUGUCAAGGAGGGGUGACUUGGAGAAUACAGCAGAAACAUCUGUGCAUACUAUCACUGCCAUCAAGCCUCAGUGGUUGACCAUGGUAGCUGAGAGCUACAACAGUGAUGAGAUGGCCAAGGAGGUUCUGCUGAAGUUAGCUAUGGGAGCUGACGCAUUACCAGAUUACUCCUAUAACCAGGGAAUUCUAAGGUUCAAAGGAAGGGUGUGGAUAGGAGCGGAUUCUGAAUUAAGACAAAGGCUGGUUUCUUGUUUUCAUGAUUCUAGUCUUGGGGGACAUUCUGGGAAUCUUGGUACUUAUCAGAGGAUUAAGAGUUAUCUAUACUGGCCUGGAAUGAAGAAGGAAGUGGAGCAAUAUGUACAGAGCUGUGAGGUCUGCAAAAGGAGCAAAAAUGAAAAUUGCCCCUAUCCAGGUUUGCUGCAGCCACUGGCCAUACCUGACCAAGCUUGA